GCCCUCAUGCCGAUAAUAGACACUUCCUCUGAACGCGGUCAUGUGACCUACAUGUCCUUGGUGUAGGUACUUUGACAUGUGAGCUGCAGAAACAUGUCUUUCCCUAAAAAACCCGGUGGUAAAGGGUUAGACGCUUUGCAGAAUCUGCCGCGAAUAAGUUUAGCAAACUUGCGGCCUGAACCGGGAUCUUUUAGGCGGGUAAGUUAUUUUUUCUUUACUCUAUCUGUAAGCAAUAGCGGCACAUCUUAGCUGGCGUUGCUAGUUAGCCUGCUGUGUUAGCACGUUGAGGCUGAUGCUAACUGGCUUGUUGACAGGUGUUGUGAAGAUUCCUGCAACCCAAAAGACUAAUGCUUGUUUGAUUAUAGGAAAAGAAGCGGGGUAGAGGACAACAUGGCGGAAACAGGAGCGGCAGAGGGCACAAAGGAGAGCGGCAGAGAGGGAACAGACCUCGGCUUGGGUUUGAGGGGGGUCAGACACCCUUUUACCUAAUUGUCCCAAAAUACGGCUACAAUGAGGGACAUAGGUAAAGACUUGUCACUCUGUUCUCAAAACUAUUAAGUAAAACUACAGGUUUUUCGCUUCUGAAAUGUAUAGUUUGAUAUAGGGCUGGGCGAUAUGGGAAAAAGUUUAUCACCAUAUAUCUUUUUCAUAUCACAUGAUAUUGAUAUAUAUCACGAUAUAAAGAAUAAAGUUUAACAGUGUUUACUGGUAUCAUGUCUUUGGCAAUAUAAUAAGCGACUGCAUCUGUGAGGUUUACGUGUCUCUUAGACAUUUUGUCGUAAGGUGUUGCCAUAGACUGUAUAUAGGCUGCACAGGCGCCAUGGGCUCCUUGCUCUGCUCAAGGUUUGUAACUGUUUUCAUUGCGUGUGCUCUGCCGCGCGACACUGCUUCAGGCGGUGAAAAAGAUUUGAGGUAUUCCCUGACUUUGUAAAGAACAUGUACUCGACUCAAUUUCCUUCGCACUUUACUCUGCUUCAUGUCCAACCUCAAAAAACCAAAAUGCCUCCACACCACCGACGUUUUCGUGCCAGUGUUGUCGACGAUGUCGUCACCUGUUGAGCCUUCAUCUGCACUUCUGCUCUCAUUUUCUUUUUUUCCUCACCAACAGUGCUGUCGGCUUCACGUGUUAAAGUGCUGUGGUUGCGUGUAGCCACAGCCUGCUACUAAGCAGUUGUUUGCUACUUGGUUCUAAUUCAGCACAAUCGGUUCAGUGUGACCUGGAGCAACUUCCCUUUUCAUUGGCUAUUCAUAUCAUCUACCAAAACAUGGCAGCAUGCCGGCUAUCGAAAAGUAUAUUGACCAGUAUAUUGAAGUUAUUUUUUGAUAUAUGUCAUUAUCUUUUUGUCGCUCAGCCCUAGUUUGGUAUUUGUCAGUGAAAUGAUUCCAGUGUCGUAUAUUCAGUUGAUACCAAGCCCACCAUCCUCAGGAUCUCAAAUGUUUGUUCUCCCCUCAGUCGCCGUCCUCAGUACCAGCCUCUGUCACUGAAACGACUGCAGUACCUGAUUGAUCUGGGACGAGUUGAUCCCACACAGCCUAUAGACCUGACUCAGCUGGUCAACGCCAGAGGAGUGACAGUCCAGCCUUUGAAGAGGGACUUUGGGGUCCAGCUGGUUGAUGAGGUACUUGUCACCUACUUAAAGCUUAUUGUUUAAGAUGGACUCAGCCUCAGUCCUUGAAAGUGAUUUAAAGCUCUCUCAUCUUCAAAGGUUAAAAUCUUUGUUUUCUGGAGUCUCAAUAUUCUACCACAAAACUUCCGGUUUCUUCUGGUCCUGAUAUGCAGAUGUAAAUGAAUGUUACAGAGUCUAUUCUGUGAUUUAUACUAGAGAUGACCUCUGCUUAGAGAACCAACAUUCAGGGGGUCUGAAUUUCCAGCGUGGGGUGUGUUUUUAACCUUUGUUUGUUAUAUUUCUGAAGUCCACACAGAAACAAUCCAUCUGACCUUACAUUUUUUGUCAAUGUCCUUUACAUUCACUCAGUAACUUUGUUUUAUCAUCUUCUACCAGUAGGUGGCAGCACAUCACAAAGUUAUCAUUCUGUCACAGACUUGGACGUUGCCUCUGUUGCCAGUCUUUCACCUUUUCAUGUGUUUUCUGUUUCAGGGUGCUGACAUUUUUGCUGCCAAAAUCAACAUAGAGGUUCAGAGAGCGUCAGAAGAAGCCAUAGCUGCUAUUGAGAAGAAUGGAGGGGUCAUCACUACAAGUUUCUAUGAUCCCAUAAGUCUCGGUAUAAGAAACCAAUGAUCCACAGCAAAUGGUUCAUCCUAUUAGUGUUUAUUUUGAGACUAAAAAAUAUUACCCUUCUCUGUCAUUUUUUUAGGGAUUCUUAUUAAGCCUGUGCCGUUCUUCGUGCGAGGACAGCCCAUCCCAAAGCGAAUGUUACCAGGGGAGGACAUGGUCCCUUACUACACAGGAGCAGAGAACAGAGGCUACUUAGCAGACCCAGAGAAAAUCCAGCAGGCCCGGCUCGCCCUGGCACAGAAGUACGGAUAUGUUUUACCAGAUAUUUCAAAGGACGAACUCUAUCACAUGCUGGCUAUGAGGAAGGACGCCCGACAGAUCUUCUUUGGCCUCUCUCCGGGCUGGGUCGUUAACAUGGCAGAGAAGAAGAUCCUGAAACCUACUGAUGAGAAACUUGUAAAAUAUUACAACUCCUAUGUGUGAGGAGAAGUCAGAUAAAUCUCUAUGUACAAUAUGGUGGCGGAAGUCAGGAGAAAUUAGAGUUUGAUGUUGAAUCGUGUUUCCAUUUUAUAUUAAAAAUAUGAGAAAACAUCACCCUGUGUCUGUGAAUGAAGAUUAUUCAUUAAAAUUAACUGAAACUUGAUUUCCAAAUAUA